CCUCCCGUGUGACAGACCCGGGGCUAGACGGGCCUGGAGCCCAUGGAAGGCUGCAGCCAGGAAAGCAACAGCGCUCUGGACAGCCCUGCAGCCCCAGCAACCCAGGAGAAGGAGGAGGAAAAAGACGCUGGGGCAGCUGAACGGCCCAGGCCUCAACCUGGGCUCUACAGCUACAUCAGGGAUGACCUGUUCACCUCGGAGAUCUUCAAGCUAGAACUGCAGAAUGUGCCUCGCCACGCCAGCUUUAGUGAUGUCCGACGCUUCCUGGGCCGCUUUGGCCUGCAGCCUCAUAAAACCAAACUCUUUGGGCAGCCACCCUGCGCCUUCGUGACAUUCCGUAGUGCUGCUGAGCGGGACAAGGCCCUGCGCGUGCUGCAUGGUGCCCUCUGGAAAGGCCAUGCGCUCAGCGUACGCCUGGCUCGGCCCAAGGUCGACCCCAUGGCAAGGAGGAGGCAGCACGAGGGUGAGGGUGAGCCGCCGGCGACACGGGUCGCCGAUGUGGUGACCCCUCUUUGGACAGUGCCUUAUGCUGAACAGCUUGAGCGGAAGCGGCUGGAGUGCGAGCAGGUGCUGCAGAAGCUUGCCAAGGAAAUUGGGAGCACCAACCGCGCCCUGCUGCCCUGGCUGCUCACACAGAGACACAAGCACAACAAGGCCUGCUGCCUGCUGGAGGGGGUCAGGCCUUCGCCCCAGCAGACAGAGUACCGUAAUAAGUGUGAAUUUCUGGUCGGCAUUGGGGUGGAUGGGGAGGACAAUACCGUCGGCUGCCGGCUUGGCAAAUACAAGGGUGGGACAUGUGCUGUGGCAGCCCCCUUUGACACCGUGCACAUCCCUGAGGCCACCAAGAGAGUGGUGAAGGCCUUCCAGGACUUCAUCCGGUCCACUCCAUACUCAGCAUAUGAUCCAGAGACAUACUCAGGUCACUGGAAGCAGCUGACUGUACGCACCAGCCGCCGCAGCCAGGCCAUGGCCAUUGCCUACUUCCAUCCCCAGAAACUCAGCCCUGAGGAGCUGGCAGGGUUGAAGACCUCCUUGGCGCAGUACUUCAUGGUGGGGCCAGGCAGGACAAGCGGGGUGACCUGCCUCUACUUUGUGGAGGAAGGACAGCGAAAGACUCCCAGCCAGGAGGGCCUGCCCCUGGAGCACGUGGCUGGGGACCGAUGCAUCCAAGAGGACCUGCUCGGGCUGACCUUCCGGAUCUCCCCUCAUGCCUUCUUCCAGGUGAACACGCCUGCAGCCGAGGUGCUCUACACCGUCAUCCAGGACUGGGCCCAACUGGACGAAGAAAGUACAGUGCUGGACGUAUGCUGUGGCACCGGCACCAUUGGCCUGGCCCUGGCCCGGAAGGUAAAAAGAGUCAUCGGGAUUGAGUUGUGCCAGGAGGCCGUGGAAGAUGCCUGGGUGAAUGCCCAUGCCAAUGAACUGAGCAACGUUGAGUUCCACUGUGGGAGGGCCGAGGACCUUGUGCCCACCUUGGUGAGCAGACUGGCCUCCCAGGAGCUUGUGGCUGUCCUGGACCCACCCCGCGCCGGCCUGCAUUCCAAGGUGAUCCUGGCUGUCCGCCGAGCCGAGAACCUCAAGCGGCUCCUGUAUGUUUCGUGCAACCCCCGGGCAGCCAUGGGCAACUUUGUAGACCUCUGCAGGGCCCCAUCUAACCGGGUGAAGGGCAUCCCCUUCCGGCCAGUCAAGGCUGUGGCUGUGGACCUGUUCCCGCAGACGCCACACUGCGAGAUGCUCAUCCUAUUCGAGAGGGUGGAGCACCCCAAUGGCACAGGGGUCUUAGGGCACCAAGACCCUCCAGCCCAGCCCCCACCAGGACCUCCAGAUGAUACCUCACAGGAAACUGGGGCCUCCUUCUUGUCAUAUGUCCCAGGAGCAGAAGAAGCCAACCCUUCCACAGCAGGGCCCAUCAUGGGUGCAGAAGCCAAGGGCUCCUGACAGCCCUGCCACAUCCCAGGUUGCUCAAAGGCAAGCAGCCUGAGGGUGCAAGACCCAGCUGCCUCACCAGGACCCACCUGUUGUUGGGGGCCACAAGCUCUGGCCAGGACAGGUGAGCUUCUGGGGCCUGUUCUCCCCCCUCAACCUCCCAAGUCUGUUCUGGAAAGGGCCAGAAUAAACACUUGCUGAACUAAG